AUGUCACUUUUUAAAUUAAUAUUUGCUUUAUUUAUUUCAGUAAUCAGUGAGCGCGGUAUAUUUGAAAAGGUAUUUAAUGAUAAAAUAAUUCUCAUUGAUGUUAGUGGAUCUUCAAAACAAAGCAUAAAUGGUUCAAAGCAAUUAACAAAACCAGAAUAUGCAAUAUAUCCAUGGAACAAGCGAUACGACUGGUGUUCCAAUUGUGGACGAAAUUAUGAUGAGCAUCCAUAUAUCAGAUUUUCUCUGAAAAACAAAAGAUUCAAUUUUAACAGUUAUUUGGUUCGAUGUGGUUGCUGUUAUGCACUUUGUUGUUGCGAAGAUGAUGAUUUGAGAUGCUUCCAUUGUUGCUUGUAUUCGUGGUCUCUUAUGAUAUCAGAUGAUAAUAAAACGUGGACAGAAGUUCAUCGAAUGAAAGACGAAGAAAUGCGUCGGUGCAACGAGAAGACAUACAAACUCGAUAAAACGUACAGUGCUAAAUAUGUUGAAGUCAUCCAGAACGAAGCAUGUCCGGGUGAUCCUCCAUGCAUUGCUCUUAACCGAUUUGAACUUUAUGGCGAUGUCAUUGAUGACAACGGUGUUUCCGAUGAUUUUGUUUCAUACCACGACGAUGACGACGAUGUCAGUAUCAUUGGACAUAUCUCCAAAAACGGCAAUGUCAAAAUAGAAUAA